UCGUAUCAAAUCAAAGUCACUUAACUCUUAAAUGCCCCUUCUGUACUGCCUACUCCCCAACACUGUGCACAACCUUGCACAUUGCCCCCUUUGAUAAUUCUCCUCAGGCUUACCCUGACCCCUCUUUUCUAAGGCUUUUCUAGUCCUGACUGUCCUUUCUGAAAAUACAAGAAUGAAUUUCAAGGCAAGUUACUUAACCUCUUAGAAUCCACUUUCCCAUCUAUAAAAUGGGGUUAUUAAUUCCUCAGGAUGGAAUGAGGGUACAGUUAAAAAAUGAAUCUGAACACUUUGUAAAAGUGUGUAUACACUUUAAGCAUUUCUCCCCAGCCACCUCCCCCUCCACACACAUACAUAAUGUUUUACAGAGUGCUAGAGGAGGUGGAAGUGUGAUGUGGGCUCUGCUGUCUAGCAGUCUGCAGUCACACCCAGCAAUUCAAACUACAAGAUUGUAUAUGACAAAGUGCCAGUUUGGGGGAAUUCAUAAAAAAGGGAAUGACAUGUCUUUCCCAGGGUCCCUUUUGUUAAAUGCCAGCUUGAAUCUUGUUCAUCCACUCUCAGGCCAGUUCCCAUCUGCCAGUUACCCUGCCCCCUGCAGCUCCAGAACUCAGACUCCUAGGCACACGCAAGUCAGUUAUCUGUGGCCCUCAUCAUUUUAAUCCUGCUCUUGGGCCCAUAUCAGUGCUGCCGUGCAUGAGGGAGGGAAGAUCAGGCCAGGUCAUGGCUGGAGCUCAGGUUUAAUUCAAACCCUAGAGGGUCUGUAGUGGGUGGCCAGAAGGAGACAUGGCCCAAGUUGAGGGGAAAUUGGCAGGGCCAGAGAUUGCAUGGGAGGACCAUCCUAGGUGAGUUAAAGGCGUUCAGGAGUUCAUUCUGUGGGGGCUUCCUAGAUUGCCACUGAGUACAGUGACUGAGCCUAGGAUAUUUGAUUGCCUAGGGUGAGUUCACUGGAAAAUCUAGAGUAAAUAUGAUAUUCAAGAUAGGCUGCAAGGGAAGCCAGGUGUCUUGAGUGAUCCAGAGCCUAAGGAGGUGAACUCCAGUAAUAUCUAAGACUUGGUUGAAUGGACAAGUGCAAAUGGUUGUGGCUUAUUUAUCCAGAAAAAACAUUUUCUGUAUGUACUUCUAGUCAAGCUAUUACUUUAUCUUUCCAGGCCUGAUCCCCUUCACCCACUCAGACCUUAAGCUGAAGGACCAGGAGUCUGGAGGCCCUUGAGCUAGGAAUCAAGACCCUGUUCUGUUAGAGGUGCCCCCAACACUUGUUUGCCACCUAGUGUGGCCCUCCCCGUCCUUGGCAGAGAAGAGAAGAGUUGGCAGGAGUACAAGAAGUGAGAUCCGGGUUAGGGGACAGCCCAGGGGGCCCCGGAGAGCUAAGCCCCCAGAGAACAGGUUUGCCAUCCCCAAUAGCAGGCAAGUUGGAGGGGGUCCUAGGGCUGGAGAGAAGAGCAGGUAGGCUUUAAGACCGUCGAGGGCGCGCCAAGUGGUGCGGCCACCACUAGGGGGCAAUGCCGGGUACGCGGCCCUUAGGGAUAGAGAAGCCAAAUACUGGAGGGCUGUAUAUGAGUGUUGGCCUCAGACCUGCUCUAUUAAGGUUGGGGGUGCGGAGGAAGAGAGUGGCGCCCUUGGCAGCACCCCAUCCUACCGGCCCCGCCUCCCUGGUCCCGCCUUCCAGCCCACCUCCGCCCCCGGCUCCGCCUCCACCUCCGCCCCGCCUCCGGCCGCGGCCCCUUCCUCCCGCAGCUGGUGCUGUGGGGCCGCGGAGCCCUCUCUAUGGCCGGGGAUCCGAGCGCAAAGGAAACAGACCUCACAGAACCAGGACUAGCCCAGCUGUUCGGGCAGGGUGAUCCCAUCAGUGAUCUACAACCUCUCUAUGACCCCACAACUCCCUUUCCCCAUGGAGUUUAUUUGAUGCAUAAAGGCAGUGUGUAAUCCUUUCCUCUCUCUGACCUCUUACGUGGGAUUCCAUGGCCACACAACCCUGUGAUUCCAUGUCUCCCCGAUUCCAAGACCCUCCCUGGCCCCAUGACCUCUGACCUAAGUGGCCUCCCUGGACCUUGACCCCUGUAACUGUUCUUCCCAUCAUCCCCCGUCUCUCUGGUCCUGGCUUCCUUUGGGGGUCUUGUUUGUCUGGGCAUCCCCAGGAAGAUGUUGGGGAGGUUCUGGCUCCUCCUCCUGAGCUUCCUAACAGCAACUGCAGUUCCUGGACCCUCGCCACAGAGACCAUCCAGAGAACUAGAUGCCACUCCGCGGAUGACCAUCCCCUAUGAAGAGCUCUCCAGGACUCGGCACUUCAAGAGCCAAGCCCAGAACUACUCAACACUGCUGCUAGAGGAAGCCUCGGCAAGGCUGCUGGUGGGAGCCCGAGGAGCCCUGUUCUCUCUCAAUGCCCGUGACAUAGGAGAUGGGGGUCACAAAGAGAUCCACUGGGAGGCCUCCCCAGAGAUGCAAAGCAAAUGUCAUCAAAAAGGCAAAAACAACCAGACGGAGUGCUUCAACCAUGUGCGAUUCCUCCAGCGGCUCAAUGCCACCCACCUCUAUGCAUGCGGGACUCAUGCCUUCCAGCCCCUCUGUGCAGCCAUUGAUGCCGAGGCCUUCACCUUGCCAACCAGCUUCGAGGAGGGAAAGGAGAAGUGUCCUUACGACCCAGCCCGUGGCUUCACAGGCCUUGUCAUCGAUGGAGGCCUCUAUACAGCCACAAGGUAUGAAUUUCGGAGUGUUCCUGACAUCCGCCGGAGCCGCCACCCGCACUCCCUGAGGACUGAGGAGGCACCAAUACACUGGCUCAAUGAUGCUGAGUUUGUGUUCUCCGUCCUGGUGCGGGAGAGCAAGGCCAGCGCAGUGGGUGACGAUGACAAGGUUUACUACUUCUUUACGGAGCGUGGUGCUGAGGAGGGCUCUGGCAGCUUUGCUCAGAGCCGCAGCAGCCACCGUGUGGCUCGAGUGGCCCGUGUGUGCAAGGGAGACUUGGGAGGGAAGAAGAUUCUGCAGAAAAAGUGGACCUCCUUCUUAAAGGCGCGUCUCAUCUGCCACAUUCCACAGUAUGAGACACUACGAGGUGUCUGCAGCCUGGACGCUGGCACCUCAGCCCACACGCACUUCUAUGCGGCCUUCAUGCUGACCACACAGUGGAAGACUCUAGAGGCCUCAGCCGUCUGCCGCUAUGACCUAGCUGAGGUGCAGGCUGUCUUCGCAGGCCCCUACAUGGAAUACCAGGAUGGUGCCCGGCGCUGGGGCCGCUAUGAGGGCGGGGUACCAGAGCCCCGGCCUGGCUCGUGCAUCACAGAUUCACUGCGCACCCGAGGCUACAACUCAUCCCAGGACUUGCCAUCCCUGGUCCUGGACUUUGUGAAGUUGCACCCACUGAUGGCUCGGCCUGUGGUGCCCACACGUGGAAGACCCCUGAUGCUCAAGCGCAACGUGCGCUACACACACCUCACAGGGACGUCUGUCACCACGCCUGCUGGACCCACCUAUGACCUGCUCUUUCUGGGCACAGCUGACGGCUGGAUCCACAAGGCUGUGGUCCUGGGCUCUGGCAUGCACAUUAUCGAAGAGAUGCAAGUGUUCAAGCAGCCCCAGUCUGUGGAAAAUCUGGUCAUCUCUCCAAUGCUGCAUAGCCUCUAUGUGGGAGCCUCUAGUGGAGUCAUCCAGCUACCGCUGUCCAGCUGUUCCCGCUACCACUCCUGCUACGACUGCAUCCUGGCCCGGGACCCCUACUGCGGCUGGAACCCCAGCACUCAUGCCUGUGUGGCAGCCACUGUAGCCAACAGAACAGCACUGGUACAGGACAUAGAGAGAGGAAACCGAGGCUGUGAGAGUAACAGGGACACAGGACCACCACCACCACUGAAGACCCGCUCUGUGCUCCGUGGUGAUGAUGUCCUCCUGCCCUGUGACCAGCCAUCCAACCUGGCUCGGGCCUUGUGGCUGCUCAAUGGAAGCAUGGGCCUGAGUGACGGGCAGGAUGGCUACCGCAUGGGUGUGGAUGGACUACUGGUGACAGACACACAGCCUGAGCACAGUGGCAACUAUGGCUGCUAUGCUGAGGAGAAUGGCCUCCGCACCCUGCUGGCCUCCUACAGCCUCAGGGUCCGGCCAGCCACUCCUGCCCCAGCCCCACAAGCCCCUGCCUUGCCUGGAGCACAGCUGGCUCCUGAUGUGAGGCUGCUCUAUGUGCUAGCCAUUGCUGCACUCGGUGGCCUCUGCUUCAUCCUGGCUUCUUCCCUCCUCUAUGUGGCCUGUCUUCGGGGAGGCAGACGAGGGCAUCGACGGAAGUACUCUCUGGACCCAUCUGUGAGCAGCCCAGGCCAACCGGUGCUCCUCAGGCAGGGAGGGCUCUGUGGGUCCAGAUGGCCUCAACAUCACCACCCUCUGCAGAGCUCAGUCUGCUGGAUGGUCCUGAAACCAGAUGCUCUGCCAGCCACCAGAUCCGCCCGAGCCCUGCAUACAUUCACAUGCACACAUGGAGGAGCUAUCAGCUGGGCUGCAAGGCCCCCGCCCCCACCUCCUGCUGCAUUGUUUCAUCCCUUCUGGACUUUGGGUGCCCUCCUAAUUGCCACAUCUCAUCUAGUCCUCUCUCCUAGUCCCGGCCCCAUGCAGUGACCUCUUUGGCAAGAACUUGGCAAUAAGCCAGCCUGGGGAGGUAAGACUGUAUCAUUCCCCUCUUCUUCCUUAAUGUGCAGCCCUUGUGAGUCAGCCUCCCCAUCCCCAUGGUCACUCUCAACAGUGACAGAGACAGAGCUCCAGGCAUGUCCCCUCCUUAUGCACACGUGCUUACAUUUCAAUUCACAUGCAUCUUCUGAGCCUCCCCUUGCUGCCUCAGACCUUUGUCUGUCAGUUUGGUUUGGUCCAUGGACAUUUCAAAGGGAGAGCCCUCUCUCAUUUAGCUGUCCUCACAGACACUUCCCUAGGAUGGGUGAUCAACACUACACUCAAUGAGCCAGCCUCCUUUUUGGGGACCAAGCAUUUGCUACCCCUAGACCAGAGCAGGGGGAAGAAAGCUCUGAUGUCUCACCUGGCACAUGAAGCCCAUUCUUGGAACUAUGCAAAGGGCAGAGGCUGGGGGUUUGGAUGCCUGGCUCCCACCCCUGUCCUACCUCACCGGGGCACUUUCAGGGUCGAGAGACUUCUAAAGUCUCUAGGACCAUAUGGGACAAUCAAAUCCUGACUGAGCUCCCCCAUCCCCCUUGGGUGAGGAUGACUGUUAUUUUUGUAGCUGAGAACAUGGAAUCUCACGGAUUUUUACUGCCCUUCACCCAACCUCUUCCACCUCCACCCCACAAUGAAUGUAUUUAUUGUGAGAAUGGCUAUACUUCAGAAUGCCCCCACUCUCCACCACAGUGGGUGGAACAGGCAUGUGACAGAGUGGGGAGCCUGGGCUCAGCUUUCCUCCCUACCCCCGGUUGGUUAAUAAAUAACCCUCUCUCCCCACAGCUGUAAGUGGUCUGCUUGGUCUAGGCAGGCCUUCCCCAGAGGAAGGCUUCUGAGCCUAUGAAAAUGGUAUUGCAGGGUUGGCCCUACUCUCCAUAAACUAUGUGCAGAGGAAACCAGGAUCCUGCUUUCAUCCUGGCUGCACUGGGCAGAUACAGAGACCUUUUCACUGUCCUCUAAUGAUAGUGAUAAGGGCACGACAAACAAAAUUAAAACAGUUAAAGAAUUCAUACAAAGCUUUCUAGGUUUUUACCUACUGGCUCUUUUCUUUAAUAUCCCCUCUUUUAGCUAAGCCUAGAAAAUGCUCCCUGUUUAUCAGCCCUCUUGUUCUUCCCCAAGAAGCUUGUCAGUACCUCUCCUCAACCCCACAAGGGGCAUGAAUUCGUUCUGUGCAAAGGCGCCUGUCUGGGCAAAGCAGUUGGGACCAAGGUGAGCAUGUUACCAGGGACUUGGCCUGAGACUCACUCUCUCCAAGGGUCAGGCCCAGACUAAUCACAUGGCCUUUGAUACUAACCACCCAGAGGGUUAUUACACAUUCUGCUUCUGGUUUUAGGAUAAUGAAAAAUGGGGUUGUAUUUUAAAUAUACACACAAUUUGAAGUAA